AUGCCGCCUUUUCGUUGCGACGUGGCGGUUUUGAUUGUCGUUGCUGGCAUGUACUUGAUUUACAGAUAUAAUCGUAGAUCCAUUGUCACAUGGAUAAAGCGUGCUCUAAUUUCAAAAAUUUUGAAAUUGCUUCGUCUGUUUAGUAAUCUAGUUUCAAGUUGGACUUCUACAGCUUCAAGUUCGUCUUCUCCAACUGAAUGUUCGAUUGUUACAGCCUCAAGUUGGACUUUUACAGCUCCUAGUUGGUCUUCUACAACUUCAAAAUCAACUUCUCCAACCGAAAUCGCUACAACUUCAAGUUCGUAUCCUUCAAUUGAAUGUUCGAUAGCUACAGCUUCAGGUUCAAAUUCUCCAACCGAAAUUGCUACAACUUCAAGUUCAUCUCCUCCAAUUGAAUGUUCGAUUGCUACAGGUUCGAGUCCAACUCUUGUAAUCGAAACCAGACCAUAUGAAGAAUCGCCUGAAAAGUAUCAAGAAAUUUUAUAUAAAAUGUAUGACCUAUUUUCGUGA